AUGGAGAUCCUUCGUGAGCCACCGAAGGCCUCAUCAUUCGUGCCUCUCAUAGAGCAUCAGUCUGCGACGCCCGCUUCUUUCUACAAUGGGCCGCCCGUCCUACACUACUACAGCGACCGCAGCAAACUGAUCGUCCUAGAACACGAAGCCCGCUCCGUCCCAGCAUUCGCGCCUCUGCUGCAACACCUAGGCUCCCAAGAGCAACCUCAGCAAACAGGAGCCAAUGGCGCCGAGCCAAAUGGGGAUUCUGAAGCGAGGGGAAAGAAAAAAGUCGUCGAGAAUGUGGAUGUUUGGGUGACUUCAGAUAAACUUUUCCUCUACUCCAACGAUGCAAAUGCAGGCCUCUCCAUCCCAUACCCCUCUAUUUCCCUCCACGCAAUCCAAUCUCUGCCGCAACCCUCGCCCAGCGAACAGCAAGGUCUCUACAUGCAGGUAGUUUCGUUCCCCUCGUCAGAGAUGGCUGCGCAAGACGAAGACGCAGAGCCCGACUCUGUAUCUGUCACGGUGAUCCCGACCGCCUCUGCUCCACCACAAGUCGCCUCAACAGGCUCAGGAACGGCCGCGGAUGGUCUUGAGGGAGAAGACAAGCCUGAACAGACGCCUGUUGUGGCCAUGUUCAACGCCCUCUCCACUUGCUCUAAUCUGCAUCCUGACCCUGUGGAAGACGAGGAAGAGGGUGAUGAAGGUGGAAGCCGUUUGUUUCGCGCGGGGCUGGCUUUCCCAGGCAGUACAGACGGCGGACUGCCACCAGCGAUGCCGGGAAGCGGGGGGUGGAUCACGGCAGAGAACAUGCACGAAUACUUCGACGAAGAGGGCAACUGGAUUGGCGGUGACGAUCAAGAGGAGGCAGACGAGGAACGCGGUGACCAAGACGGACCAGGCGCCGACGAACCUUUGGGCCCUGGAGCUGGCACUGUUCGGCCGAGGCAAGAUACCGAGCAAGGCAAUGGUGAUGCAUCCGGCACAACAGAUGCAGAAGAAACGAAGUGGCGAAGAACAUCAUGA